GUCACUACAUUUUACUUUGUUACUGAUUGAGAUGAAAGCUUUCUUUAAUCUGCCAUGGCUCAUGCUUCUUCAAAAAAUCAACAAAAGCGCAUCAAUGUGGCCACCAGCUCCAGUGGGAUCUGGUGAAGAAGAAUUUUUAGAUCUGCUAUCAGUCCAUUGGCAACUUGGGCAAGAAAACCAUAUACAUGAUUACCUAUCAAAGCCAUUAUAUUUUUCAGAAGAUCCAGCGCUUCAGUUCAAAUUUCCGGAUGAAGUUACCAAUCCCUCAAUUAAUCAACAGGGAUCACAAACCCACCCUGAGCUCACUUUUGAGGGCGGCACCAGCUCUACCAGAGCCCUUAGCCCUACUCGGGACCUCCAUUACAAAGGGGACUAUACCGUUACUGGAGAGCAGACUUCUGGCGAGGGCCUCACUUUUAACGGCGGUCCUACCAUUAGUAGCAGCACCAUUUCUUAUCAUAACGACGGUCAUGCUCCUAGGGGCGGCUCUACUUUGGGUCAUAAUAGCCUUACUUCGAACGGUGAAUUCACUUCCAACGACAAGCAUUUAAUUCUUCCCUCCAAGCGCAAGGCAGAUAGACUGGUCUCUGAGAUGGAUGAAGAUCGGUCUUUGUGGCAGAGGAAAAGGAGGGCGUUCAGGAAAAGCCAGCUGAGGGUCUCAUCAGCUCAACGGGCCAAAUCAGGAAUCUCAAAAGAAUCAGAUUCCAAGUCCAGUAGAUCAGGAUCCGGAUCGUCGAAUGAUUUCGCGAGAAACAAUCUACAACUCAGGAAAUCCCCGGAUCAAAAUCGCAUGAGCGAUGUUGUCCAAGCAAUUCCGCAUCGUCGAGAGAGCAAGCCGGAGUUGUGUCCUAGAUUCAGAUACCGAAUCAUUGGGGAAAGCCUCUUGAGUCUGUCAGAUGAACAGAUCGAUUUCAAGGAGUAUCCGGUCUUCUCAGAUGGAAUGGAAAAACUGGAUGCAGAGCUCAUGCGGUGGACAAGGGCAAAAGAAAACCAGGUUAUUCGGAACCGUCAUCGGACAGUCGAACGGAUCACCAAUCUCAAGAAAAAUGUCACCAAAAUAUCUACGUUCCUCAUCAUCAGUCUACUUUCAAGACUAGAUGGACACAACAACGCCUUGACGAACAAAUCAAAACUGGAGGAGAUCCUGACUUUCAUGGAAACAUUUUGGGAGGAACGAAAGGCUGGAGAAAAAACAUUGGAUGCUAAGAAUUUUAGGUGGAUUUCCACCCUCCCAGAUAUCUUGAAUCCAGAUGAUAGAAUUAAUAGUGACACAACUUACCGAGGUUAUGCACUUUGGUUCAUUACUGCUGAAGAAGUUACCAAAUAUUGGAUGAAAAGAAAUAUGAAGUUGUUCCAAUCUAGUAAGAUAUUUAAGAUGAAUGAUGGCAAAUAUGAUGAGGAAAAAAUCAGUCAAGAAAAAAUAAAUGAAUGA